CUCAGUGCAGCUUUCCCUCCCCCGGCCUGGAGAGUUGAGCACAGAGGGACAGAGGGACGGAGCCCCCAGAAAUGUCGCUCCUUAGAUGCAGGUUCCGGGUCCCGCCCUCCCUCUGCUUCUGUGUCCUGGUCCUGGCCUAUGUCGUGGCGUGCCAGACCCAGGUGCCUCUAGAAGCCCCGACUCCCCCGCCAGAGCUUAAGAAGAGUCACUGGAGCCGGGUGAAGGAGCUGAUGGAGCCGCUGGUGACCAAGACCAGAGAGAGGUGGCAGUGGUUCUGGGACCCCGGGACCUUCCCGGGCUUUCUGCAAACCUACUAUGAUGAUCACCUGAGGGACCUGGGUCCUCGCACCAAGUCCUGGCUCCUCAGCUCCAAGGACAACCUCCUGAACCAGGCCCACAACCUGUGCCCCAAGCUUCUCUGUGGGGACAAGGACGAGGAUUAAAAUGUUCAUAUACA